CUCUCUCUCUCUCUCUCUCCUUUUCCCAAAUGGCCCUUUACAAGGUUCAGGUGGCCACCGGAGACAUCUUGCUGGCAGGGACAUACAGCAGCAUAUCCAUCACCCUGAUUGGGGCCCGAGGUGAAAGCCCCAAACAGCUUCUGGAUCACCCCGGAAGGGAUUUUAUCCGUGGGGCUGUGGGCGAGUACGAGGUGUUGUGUGAGCAUGACCUGGGCCCCAUCCUGAUGAUCCGACUCCACAAGGAGCCCUACCUCUUCUUCCCCAGCGACAGCUGGUUCUGCAGUUACGUCAAGGUGAAGACCCCGCAGGGCGAGACGUACCACUUCCCCUCGUACCAGUGGCUGGAGGGUUACAGCACCCUGAGCCUGCGGGAGGGCACAGCCAAAAGGGUAGCGGAUGACUCAGGAAACCCACUCCUUCUGGAGCAUCGAGCGGAACAGUUGAAGAAGCGGCAGGAAUGCUAUGGUUGGAAGGAGUACGCCCCGGGCUGGCCAAGGUGCCUCGACGUGGCCACCACCACCGAUCUAGAUUCCAACUCGAAGUACCUGUUCACCAUGACCACCGUCUUCGCCAUGCGCACCGCCAAGUCGGAAUUCGAGCUGAGGCUGAAAGGCUUCUCCAACCUCAGAGAAUCGUGGCAAAGCCUGGACGACAUCCGCAAAGUCUUCUGGUUCAACAAAAACGCAGUCUCAGAAUACGUGGCAGAUCACUGGAUGGACGAUGAUUUCUUUGGCUCCCAAUAUCUGAAUGGAGUCAACCCUGUGAUAAUCCAAAAAUGCACCAAGAUCCCAGAGAACUUCCCCGUGACCCAGGAGAUGGUGGCUGGUAGCUUGGGGGAAUCCACCAACCUCCAGGAAGAGCUGAAGAAAGGAAACAUCUUUAUUGUAGAUUACAAGAUCCUUAAGGAUAUCCCCACCUGUGAAUUGGACGGGGAGCAGCAGUACAUUGAAGCCCCGCUCUGUCUGCUGCACCUGAAUCUGAAAGGGCAAAUGAUGCCCGUGGCUAUACAGAUUAGCCAGACCCCGGGCCCCGAGAAUCCAAUUUUCCUGCCCUCUGACUCCCAAUGGGACUGGACGCUUGCCAAGAUCUGGGUGCGGCUAGCCAACUUCCACGUCCACGAAGUCAACACCCACCUCCUCGAGGCUCACUUCCUGGGCGAGGUCUACGCCAUGGCCACCCUCCACCAGCUACCCAUGUGCCACCCGAUCUACAAGCUCCUGAUACCCCACACCCGUUACAUAUUCCACAUCAACACUCUCGCUCGCACCGGUCUUCUCCAAGCCGGAGGGUUACUGGAUAAGGCCGCCGCGACGGGCCGUGACGGGAUGUUGGAACUGCUAGCAAGAGGCACCCAAGCCACUACCUACACUUCCCUUUGCCUCCCGGAUGACUUCAAAGCCCGGGGAGUCGACUCGCUGCCCAAUUAUUACUACAGGGAUGAUGGCAUGAAGAUCUGGACCGCCAUAGAGAAGUACGUCUCUGGCAUUGUCAAGUUCUACUACAGAUGUAACAAGGCUGUGAAGGACGACCCCGAACUACAAGCUUGGGUUCAUGAGAUCUUCACGGAAGCUUUUUUGAGCAGGACAUCAUCAGGUGCCCCUUCCAGCCUGGAAACCUCAUCCGAGCUCAUCAAGUUCCUCACCAUGAUCAUCUUCUGUUGUUCAGCCCGGCAUGCCGCCGUCAAUAGUGGGCAGUUUGAUUUUGCUGUCUGGAUGCCCAACACUCCGUCUACAUUGAGGCAGCCGCCUCCCAAAGUCAAGGGCACUGCCUCCUUGGAAAGCGUCUUGAACACGCUCCCGGACGUCAGCUCCACCUGUGCUCUUUUGGUGGUCCUCUCCGUUGUGAGCAGUGAACUGGGUGACCUGAGACGCCUGGGCAAUUAUCCGGAUGAGCACUUCACGGAAGAAGAGCCGAAAAGACACAUCGCUACCUUCCAGGCACGCCUGGCAGAAAUCUCUAAGGAGAUUGAGGAACGGAACCAGGCACUGCCCAUUGGCUACUUGUACAUGAAUCCAGCUGAAGUCGAGAAUAGCAUCACUGUCUAACCUCGAAGAAAGGGCCUUGCCUGCCUCCCUUUCUGUAAGACAACCCACAGCCCCACAAGGUCUCGCACAAGCCUAGAGAGUAUUUCACUUACGACUGUGAACCCGGAAUGAAUAGUUUCUAAA